GACAUCCACCCCGACGUUGGAGCUUCGGACUUUCAACACGCCACUCCAUCGCACAAUCGCAUCCGUUGCCCUCGAGAUACAGGUUAUCUUGACACUUUCGUCGCCGCCCUCAAACCUUCACAAUGUCUUCAGACGCUUGCCCCGUUUACGCGCCCUUCUUCGGUGCCAUGGGCUGCACAGCAGCCAUCGUCUUCACCUGCCUCGGCGCCUCGUACGGCACGGCCAAGUCGGGUGUCGGCAUCGCCGCCAUGGGUGUCCUGCGGCCUGAUCUCAUCGUCAAGAACAUUGUUCCCGUCAUUAUGGCCGGUAUCAUUGGUAUCUACGGCCUCGUGGUGUCGGUUCUUAUCUCGGAUGGCCUUAAGCAAGACAAUUACGCGCUCUUCACGGGCUUCAUUCAGCUCGGCGCUGGUCUUGCGGUCGGUCUAGCGGGCAUGGCUGCUGGUUUCGCCAUCGGCAUUGUCGGUGAUGCUGGCGUCCGCGGCACAGCGCAGCAACCACGCCUGUUCGUCGGCAUGAUCCUGAUUCUCAUUUUCGCCGAAGUCUUGGGUCUCUAUGGCUUGAUCGUCGCGCUGCUCAUGAACUCCAAGGCCACGAUCAACAUUACCUGCUAAACGGCACGCUUGCUUGAACACGGACGGCGGACGGGCGGACAAGCUGUAACUAUCCAUAGCCCAUUCCUGUCCGUGAGCAUUUUGCAGAUCGCGGCCGCCUACAUACGUGUAUAUGUGUAUGCAUAUGUGUAUGCAUAUGACACCACGCCGGCAGCGGUUCGACAUGGAGGUUUGCCAGAAGGGGGCGAAGGUGUGAACGAUGGAGGUCAGUCAUGUGGGGGUUGAGCAAGCGGCGCAUCAUGGGCACGGUUGGUUAAUGGCUUCGCGGGACGUAACAUGUACUAUUGUCACAUUCGGGUGCUCAUCGCUCUGGGUUUCGGUUUCUCAUCAUAGACGGAUGAUGGGCGAGAUUGUAGUCUAGCUGGCAAUGGUUGCUGCAUUUCGCG